AUGCGGAGACAAAAUGCUACCACUGCUUCGAGCGGCACCGUGAAAUACCCGCCGACAGGAUCAGGAAAAGUUUCGCACAAGCCAUCUACACUUGGGCCUCAGAUACCAACGGUUGCAAGCACGAUCCGCGCUCAGCCAUUGUCGCGACAAGUAGUCGGAGAUCGAGGGCAGCCGCUAGUCGGAAUUCAGCGGGUGGGACCCAUCAGACAAUAUGACAGCAGCAGGCCUCCGAUAGGAAGCGACAAGAACUACAAGACUCCAUUCAAGACGCCUGGGUUCACUGAGCAGAAGAAGAACGUCUGCGUCGAUGUCGCGCACUGCAAAAACAUGAAGGGCAGAUUCGAGCAUGCCUUUGACGUUCCUAGCGCCGCGGACAGCUGCCAACCAAGAUCUGUCUACGGGUGCAUUUCUGGCUCACAGUUCGGGAAGGUGGAACGGCCGAGCUCUGCCAGCAGGAUGCUGGGGUUCAGGAACGUUUGCAGGGAGUCCCCGUCGGAGAGACCGAGUUCAGCCAACAUGCGCAAAGACGCGGCUUAUCAGGGCAAUGUGUCCCUCGACAAUGUCCUGGUGAGGGCAGGAAUCUGAAGCUUCGCUCCCGGAAUGAAAUCAUCUCUUCCCGUUGAACAAAGCGACCUGCGAUCCUUUAAUAUCGACGAGUCAGGGGAGUGCGCAAGGGACCUUCUCGUGGACGUCGGUGUUUGAUGGAGAGUGGCCGUCAUCCUGUCCAUCAUCAGCAUUCAUCCAAGUGUACGAUAUGUCGAGAUCGAGAUCUCAAAUAGAACAUCUUACUCUGUC